AUGAUCGAUCGAAGGUUCGAGUCCUCUCUAGCGCCAACUAAGACCUUCAUCCCUCCAAGAUCAAUAAUUGGUAUCAGACUUGUCUGGAAGGAUAAAAAUACGGAAGAUAAAAUGGAAGAUAAAAGGAUAAAUGACGCGACACAUCGGGUAGCCCCCAAAGAGCAACUUCGAGCUAUCAUCUUCUACGAAUGGCGUGGCGGCACUGUAGCAACGGCAGGAGCCCGCAACAUCAAUGGCAGAUUGGGCGAGGGCACUACUACCAUCAGGACUGUCAAGCGCUGGAUUGCUCGCUUUGCAAGCGGAGACAUCGACUUCGAAGACAAGCCCCAGUCGGGACGCCUCUACACUGUCGAAGACUCCGCCAUUUUCGACGAUGUCAAAGAGGAUCCAGAGAUCGACACCCGCAGUCUUGCAACGAGACCGGACUCCAAUCAACAGUCAUCAGCUGCCCCCAGACCAUCGGCUACACAAAACUGCUCGAUGAAUCCCUCACACCUUGAUGGACGGCAUUCGGUUUACCCGGGUGAGCAGUCUGCCUAUGCAACGACUUAUGGUGCCGAACUUACGAUCAAGUCUUGUUGCCCUCCUGCUGACCCAAAAAGUACCGUCGCCACUCUGACGGCAAUCGUCGCUAUUCCUUCUCUUUACAACUACAUGCAGCACGUGCAAUCUUCACUUCAAACCGAAGUCGAUUUUUGUAAGCACCGAACAAAUGGUCUUUUUGAUCAGUACGAACGAAUGCAAAGAGUGAAGGGAGUUCGAGGAGGAAUUGUUAAGCGUCAGGCCGGAUACGAUUCCGGCGAUGCUGGAGUUCAGUCAGACGCAUCCGAACAAGCACCAACGUGCUGUAGCUGCAAGUCCGGGCUCGCUGGACCUCCCGGUCCACCUGGACUUGAUGGACCAGAUGGAAAAGAUGGUCUUCCCGGUGCCAAUGGAGAGCCCGGUGCAGAUGCCGCACCUGAUGCGGUGCCAACUGCCGAUGAUUUCUGCUUCGACUGUCCUGCUGGACCUCCCGGCCCACCUGGAAACCCAGGACCAAAAGGACCCAAUGGCAACCCAGGAGCUGAUGGACAGCCAGGGCCUGAUGGCCAACCAGGACAACCAGGUGCUCCUGGACCUCAAGGACCUCCUGGAGCUGAUGGACAACCCGGACAGCCUGGAGAACCAGGACCCCCAGGAAUUGUUGAGGAAGUCCCCGUACCCGAUGGUCCUGCUGGACCACCAGGACCUCCCGGACCUCCGGGUCCAGAUGGUCAACCAGGAGCGCCUGGACAACCAGGACAAGAUGGACCACAAGGACCCCCUGGCGACCCAGGUAGAGACGGAGCCCCUGGGAACCCUGGAGCUCCUGGUGAACAAGGUCCACUUGGAGAAACUGGAGCUGGAGGUGGCUGCGACCAUUGUCCUCCUCCUCGUACAGCACCUGGAUAUUAG